CCCUUGGUCAUAAUCAAAAAGAUCGUUUUUCUGAUUCUUCAAUGGCGACCAUUUCUCUUAGGUCGUCUACGAUUCCCUCGCUGAGUUCGAAAGAAUCGUCUAAUGUUUCUUCUGCUUUCGCUUCGCGUUCUAUCUCGCCCGUAAAAUUUCAGUUUCCACUUCGUCCGGUUCGAACCGGAGACUUGAAGUAUUUCUCAUUAUCUUCAACGACUCGAUCCACUCCUCGCCCUAUUGAAGCGAAGAAGCAGACAUACAACUCGUUCGAUGAUCUGCUUGUGAACUCUGAUAAGCCAGUUCUGGUUGACUUUUAUGCGACAUGGUGCGGCCCUUGCCAGUUCAUGGUUCCAAUACUCAGUGAAGUUAGUGCAACCAUGAAAGACAAGAUUCAGGUGGUGAAGAUCGAUACCGAGAAGUACCCGAGUAUUGCUAAUAAAUACAAGAUAGAGGCACUCCCUACAUUUAUUCUUUUCAAAGAUGGGGAGCCUUGUGAUCGCUUUGAGGGUGCUUUGGCAGCAAAACAACUCAUCCAACGAAUUGAGGAUUCUCUGAAAGUGAAGCCUUAGUUAUGGAUCAUGUUUUCUUUUUAUUAUUGGUAUGUUUUUCUACUACCCUUGACCUGGUAAGGGCUUAGGGUUAGCCACGUUUUUCCAGUGAUUUGUCAUUGAUUAACAAGAGAAUAGUGUGUCUGGAUUUGAGAUGAAAAGAAGAUUAUGUUUGCCAGAUUUUCAAAAUUUGGUUGUGAGUGAAAGAUCUUUUAUUCUCAAGUAAUAAAAGAGAAGCUAUUUCUCA